AGUGAAAACGUGGCUAUAAGAAUGACUAACAUUUGCAAGGAGGCGUGUUUUUUUUCUCACCAAAUAACCACACGGUGAGGAAUGUGCUUGCGCCUGUGCUGCCGCCAUUACGGGACGUGCUCUGCGGGACCCUGUACGUGGCAACGAUAAAACAUCCUCCGUGUGCGCUAUUCAUAACCCCGGAGAGCCGAGCUGUCCUGCGCCUGGUGACACGGUGUGCCCUCAAUCUUCCGACACCGGGGAAAUAAAGACUUGAGAGAAACGAUGCGGGAACUCGUGGGCUUCUGUUCGUGGGUCUUCCUCUGCUGCUUCUGGACCACACAGGCUGAGAUCUUCACUUCCAUAGGUCAGAUGACGGAUCUGGUGUUCACGGAGAAGGAGCUGGUGCAGUCUCUGAGGGACUACAUCAAAGCUGAGGAGUCCAAGCUGGCCGCAGUCAAAAGUUGGGCCAACAAGCUGGACUCCCUGACCAAAAUCUCCACCUCGGACCCUGAGGGCUUCCUGGCUCAUCCCGUGAACGCCUACAAACUGGUGAAGAGGCUGAACACCGAGUGGUCAGAGCUGGAGAGCCUGGUGCUGCAGAACCCCUCCGACGGCUUCAUCUCGAACAUGACGGUUCACAGGCAGUACUUUCCAGACGAGGAGGACGAGACGGGGGCAGCCAAAGCCCUGAUGCGCCUCCAGGACACCUACCAGCUGGACUCCGAAGCCUUCGCCCAAGGGAAACUACCCGGCACCCACUCUGACGCUCGCCUCACUGUGGACGACUGCUUUGGGAUGGGGAAAACGGCGUAUAAUGAGGCUGACUAUUACCACGCCGUCCUGUGGAUGCAGCAGGCCCUCAGGCAGCUGGACGCCGGGGAGGAGGCCGAAGUACCGAAGUCGGACAUCUUGGAUUAUCUGAGCUACUCUGUUUACCAAAUGGGAGACCUGCCCCGGGCCAUAGAGCUCACAAGACGACUGGUGGCCAUCGACCCCAACCACCAGAGGGCAGGAGGGAACCUUCGUUACUUCGAGGUGCUGUUGGCCAAGCAGAUGAACGAGCAGAACCAGGUUUUUGAACAGGCCACGGAGGAGCCCAUCCAACUGGGGACCUACACCCGCCCUAAGGACCACCUGCCCGAGAGAGAGGCGUACGAGGCCCUGUGCAGAGGAGAGGGGGUGCAGAUGAAUGAAGCCCGCCGCAGCCGCCUGUUCUGUCGGUACCAGGACGGACAGAAGAACCCCCGGCUCCUGCUGCGCCCCCUCAUGGAGGAGGACGAGUGGGACAGCCCGCACAUCGUACGCUACAUCGACUUCCUGUCUGACGAGGAAAUAGACAAGAUCAAGGAGCUCGCGAAACCCAGGCUUGCUCGAGCAACAGUGCGAGAUCCCAAAACAGGCGUCCUGACUACAGCCCAGUACAGAGUGUCCAAAAGUGCAUGGCUGGAAGGAGAAGAGGAUCCAAUCAUUGAAAGAGUCAAUCGGAGAAUAGAAGACGUGACUGGACUUACAGUAGACACAGCAGAGUUACUACAGGUCGCCAACUACGGUGUUGGAGGACAAUAUGAGCCCCAUUAUGACUUCUCCAGGAAAGAUGAGCCCGAUGCGUUCAAAAGGUUAGGCACUGGAAAUCGUGUGGCCACAAUGUUAAACUACAUGAGUGACGUUGUGGCUGGAGGUGCAACAGUCUUCCCAGACUUUGGAGCAGCCAUCAGUCCACGGAAGGGAACCUCAGUGUUUUGGUAUAACCUGUUCAAGAGCGGAGAGGGCGACUACAGGACCAGACACGCAGCAUGUCCCGUUUUAGUGGGGAGUAAAUGGGUUUCAAAUAAAUGGAUUCACGAGAGAGGUCAGGAGUUCAGGAGACCCUGCGGCCUCACAGAAGUCGACUGAUGACAACAGAAAUCCGUCUAGACAUUUUUUUACCAACAAAACUAAUUUUCUGAUUCUUUAUUUUUUACAAACAUCUUUGACUUAAUGUUGCUAAAUGUUUUCUGAUUCUUCUACAGGAUAAUCUCAUUUUAUGAAACUUAAAGAGGGGGUAUUAUGCAAAAACAACAACACGACAAUUCUCCGUAAAUCUACAAAAACAUGGUACAAAACUGUGCACAACAACUUGACAAACCUGAUGUAAUGUGCAGUAGUUUCAUUAACCAGAUAUACGCUGAUUGUGUUGUGAUGGCGCUCUGAAGGGGGAGGGACUCAGCCUGUGAAGAGCUAAAGUGCAAACAUGUUAAAGGUUGUAUGGAGGAUUUUUUUUUUUUUUGUUUCAAAUUGUCAAUGAUAGAUUAUAGAGAUGCAGUAGCCUUGUAAUUAUGAUGACCAAAAAAAAGAGAAUAAAAAUUCAUCAACUCUGGACGUGGUGGGGCUAAACAUUUGCCAAUAGAUAACGACACUGCCUCGUUAUCUGUGAGCUGACAGGCUGUCAAUCAAACUCCCUACGUUUCUAGUGUAACUGACUUGCCUGCGCGCCGCCGGUACGUGGUUUACGUACGACUGUCACGCAGUCCACAGACGCAAGCCGCACAG